UUGUGCCGUCCUGACGCGUAACUUCCGAUUGUGCCGUCCUAACGCGUAACUUCCAAUGGCGUAGCGGGCAUCGUGGGUAUCUGUGACCAACCCUGGUGAAUUUGGACCGCUGACCACUUCUCAUGCUGCUAUUGGUGUGCGCCGAUAGGUUCCUGCCAGGGACGUUUGCCGAAAUGCUCUAUGGUCGAAUCGAGGCAAUAGUUGCGAGUCGUGGAAUGCAUCGUGUGUUCGAUCGGUGUAUUGCCGCCGGUGAAUGCGGCUGCUCCGAAGUGAGACAGCGGCAGGACAUACGUAGGUAUUUGGCACAGCUAGCAGCCUAUGGCGCGUACUUUUCGGUUGGCGGUUGGUCAGCAAGAUUGCACAAAAGCGAUGGACAGGACAUACGAGCCAAGCUCAGCAAGCAUCUGCUCGUUGUCGACAAUUGUGGGAAUCGCUCCAGCACUUGUGUUCUAGUCGAACAUCUGCGCGCAAAAAUGAUGUGGCCAAGUCAGCUGGGAAAAGGAAGAGUAGUAAGAAUGUACCUCCAAUGUGGUGGAGUUACCGGUGGUCGCAAGUCUCGAGGUGAGUUGAGGCACUUACACCACAGACAUGCUGGACGAUCUCUGCCGUCUGCUCCAACGUGCACGGUAGAACGCAGCUUCUUCCCCGAGGACAAGUUCGGUUUGGUCUGCGUGUUGCAAUAUUCGUCGCAUCCUGCAGCGCUGAUGAUCAGUGAUCACUGCCAGGAACGUCGACUUGUACACUCUAUCUUUGACCCGGAGGAUUCGAUUUGUGUGCCGUAGAUUCAUUGCUCUCGAUUACGCGACACACUUAAGCGACUCCAAUGUCGGUCACGCUCACCUUAUAUGUCCGACCAGAGGAGUUCGAUGUGUUGGCCGUCGGCAUGAAGCUAUACGGGAGGGUUGAGGGCCAAUAGUCUAAUAGCUGCGUACGCAGACAUAAGGGGCCUCGUUC